UUUUUUACGUGUUGGCAGCACUACCGGAUCUUCCUACGUCUCGAACUGCCAUUUCUCAAAUCAUUUCUUUUGUAAAAGAAUAUGGCCACAGGCAAAAAGGGAAAGAAAACGAAGGGUAAAACCUUUGCGUUGACCACUUUUUUGCAACAAGAUGCCACUGGACCCAUUCCAAGUGCACCAGUCAGGAAAAAUUGGGCUGAUGAAGUAGAAGACUCGUAUGAUGGAAGCUAUGAGUCCCGAAGUAGCAAAUCGAUGGCAAACGUUGUAUUACCUACCGCCCCUAAAGCAUCCCGUGACUAUGAAGAUAUUAGCGACAAAGUUCCCAUGGAGCCCCCCUACAUGGCUUAUCUAUCUAACUUACCAUAUGACGUAGAUGAGGAAGAAAUAUCCCAAUUUUUUAAGAAUAUGAAGAUUUCGCAUAUGAAUAUACCUAAAGAAGACAGACCUGGAGAAAUGCCAAAGCUAAAAGGUUUUGGUUACGUGGAAUUCGAAGACCGCGACAGUUUAAUCAAUGCAUUGGUUAUACCUGACACUACAAUUAAAAGCCGUAGAAUAAGAAUAGAAGUAGCUGCCAAUUCAGAAAACGACAAGAGACGCGGCCGCAUGAACAUGAGCGGGAUGGGCAGGGACCAUUCCGAUGGCGGCGACUGGAGAUCGAACCCCAGAUCAGAUAAUAACGAUUCCGAUAGGAAACCCUAUUCUUCCAGAGACAACCGCGACAGCGGAUUCAGCAGAGAAAGAGAACCUAGAGAAAUUGAUAAUAAACCUGGUGCUUGGCGCGAAGGCGAAAGGCCGAACAGGGACAACGAGAGAAGCUUCUCUCGAAACUACGAGUCUUCGGACAGAGGCGGCCGUUUCGGCGAUAGAGACCGUGACAGGGAUGGCGGGGAUAAAAGAGGUGGCGGCGGUGGCGGCUUCAGCAGAAAUUUCGGUGACAGGGAUAACAGGGACAGAGAUGGCGGAGAUAGAAGGGGUUACGGCAACAGAAGGUACGACGAUGACCGAAACGGAGGAUUCAACAGGAAUCGCGACGAUUUCAGGAGGCGCGACGAUGACCGCGACGACUCUAGGAGGCGCGAUGAUGAACCACCAAGAGAAAGAGGAGGGGAUCAACAGCCUCAUCAAAGACAAAAACUGGUGCUAGCGCCGCGAUCAAAGGCCGUAGAAGCGGCAACAGCCGAACCUACUGCGGUGCCUUCAGCCUCGAUUUUCGGCAACGCCAAACCCGUAGAUACUGCGACUAAAGAGAGACAGAUCGAAGAGCGGCUGGCCAAGCAGCAGGACAAACCCAGGGAGAACAGUCGGGAUAGAAGGAACGAUACCGACAAAAAACCCAUAGAAAGAAGUCAAAUAAACAGAAGGGACAAUGACAGUCCUCCACAUGAUAGACCAAGUAGCCAGAAUAAAAAACAUGAUGAUGAAAGAAGACCUCCCUCUAGAGACAGUAUUAGAUCCCCUCCUGCUGAGGAGCAAAAAAGUGAAAAGCCGAAACGCGAAGAGAAAAAAGAUAAGGUUGAUAAAGAAAUGCCAAAAUUCAAAGAACCUGAUGCUCCCGUUUUUGCCCAAAACAAUAAAUUUGCAUUUUUGCAAGAUGAAGAAAAUUCCGAUUAGCAAUAUGUGAUGUUUUGUUUGAGUAGUGUAUUAUUGAUUAAACUUAAAAUAUAUUUAAUAUUUUUUAAACUUAAAAUACA